CAACAAGCUCAUUUAACUUUAUGCUCACAUACAAAUACUUCAAUGUGUAACUGGGCUAAUGACUGUAUGCUAUCAUCGUCAUGCGACGUAAGAGACAAUAUAAUAUGCUUCCUCUAAUUUCCCCACACACUUCCUAACCCGCUAACACCAACUUAAAACGUCGUUAACAACAUAAACAUCCAUUCAUAUAAUAAUAUGAAAUAUCUAAAUACCUAUAAGUACAUAUAGUCUAAGUCUUUGCAUGAACCCUAAGCACCCUUUAGCACACCUAGUCAGACCAAAACCUAGUAAUUCUAAGCCUCUUCCCUUAGCUUCCCUCAAAGAUACCAUCUCCAGAUUGCAAGACAAGCGCAUUGUAUGGGCACCAUUGAUUGCGCAAUCAAAACCGUAUGGACAUACGACAAAGGGGUUUCCUCACUACAAUUGUUUGAAACCAAGCUUCGGAACGCGUAGUAUUAAAGACUAUACGCGGAACUGAAAAGCAUCAGUCCAGUGAAACAGUUCGCCUUAAGAUGUCUUCUAAAGUUUAUCUCGUUGGGUGUCUAGUUUUGGGUGUGUCCAUCGCUAAAGCCAGUUAUAGGGAUGAUGGCUUCGAUUUCAGGGGCUUCCAGCCAAGCCCCAGCUACCGGACUGAAGACCAGCUGGCGGAGCCCUCGGCCAGGGUUGAGAAGAGAGAGGAGCUGGCGAGAGACAGAGACAGCCAAUCGGAAAGGACGCAGAGGUUCGGCAUCUCUUCGUAUGGCGCGUCGGGCUCUGGCGGACCGGGUGUCCCGUACGGCUCGUCAGCCCCAGGCCUCUACGGGCCGCUGAAGAUCGACCUGGGAGGCGUGCUGCUGGGCUCGAUCCUCGGCUUCGGGGCCGUGCUGGUGCUGCCCAAGAUCAUACACGCACUGUCCUAUGGUUACGGACCUGGGGGCUAUGCUAGAAGUGCAGAAUCGAACGUACUAGAAGUGUCCGACAUGCUCAACAAGCUAGACGAGACAUUAAGCCGGUACAACAUAGACUCUGCGGCCUGCAUGCAGCGACUCACAUGCUCGUACGUGCAACUGGCCAAUGAGAACGUGGUGGCGGGCAACGCGACUGACUUCGAUGCGCUGCUGUCUACUAUGGCUUCAAACUCCCUAGUCCGUCGCAUGCUAGAUGGCACCUCCAUCCUCGACGCAGUAUCUGCCGGCAAGUCCACAAAAGCCGACUGCCAGCAACUGUACCCCAAGUGCAAGAUGGACAAGAAGACUGUGGUCAAAAUGCUCACUCAACUCGUUCCGUAG